AUGUCUUUUAGUCAGAUGUCAGAUUGCAAAGUGCUUGAUAUGGUUGCCCAGAAUAUGAUUAUUUUAAAAAAGGAAUUCUCACAAUUACAAGGCGCCUAUGAAGCGCAACAUGACCAAAUAGCGUUGCUAAGGGCGGAACUUGAAGAACAUUGCGACCAAUCGCGCAAUCAACAUAUUUUUUAUUCAAACCAAAUUCAAGGGGCGGCAGCUUCCAUCCAGGCUGUGCAAGACCAGCUUCUUCAUCAAUCCUCCUCUCGUUCCACAGUUCCACCCCCACCGCCUCCACCUUCUGGCACUGCCACCACUAUCAAUCCCCCACCUGCCCCUACGUCUUCUAAUUCCGAUUUGAAAUUUGCCAAGCCAAAUAAGUUUAGUGGCAAAAAAGAAGACGCCCUCAAUUUCAUUAUUGCAUGUCAAGCCUAUAUAAGAGCAAAAGGAGCCAAUAGAUCUCACAAGGAGAAAAUCUUGUGGAUAACAUCGUAUUUUGAAGGCGCAGCAGAAGAUUGGGUUUGCCCAUAUAAGGAAAGGAAGCAUUACGUGGACACAAACCGUGAUGAAAAGUACCGUCAAAAAUGGAAUAAUCUGCAACAGAAAACUUUGGUUCAAGAAUACACUCGUGAAUUCCAGCAGUAUUCAGUGUCCUUGGGCUACAGUGACGAAACCUUACGUGACAAGUACUAUGACGGCCUCAAAAAUGACAUCAAGGACAUUAUGCUAUCCACAAUGUUCCAAUGGCGUUGUGCUACAGCCCAACAGGUUUAUGAUAAGGCAGAGGAGAUUGCAAACCAUAUUGAAUCCACUCGCCUAUCCAAUCCAUUGGUCCCUACUAUUCGUGCCCCUUCCUCUGCCGCCCCCACUUCCAGUCCCAACCUCACUCCCACUUGUACACGUCUAAAUGUGGGAGAUAAUGUAUAUAUGAUUGAUCCCACUACUCGUCGCGCCAAGAAAGGCGCUAUUACUUCAAUUGUGGAAUGGGGAAACAAAGAUACAAUGAUUCCAUUCCCAUCUCUCAAAAAGGACGAACACCCUGCUGCAGCCGCCCCCAUCAAAUCCAUCAUUGCUCCCACCCCUGUCUUAGCCUCAAAUUCUAAGGGUCCAGGUCCCAUGGAUCUUGAUGGAAGAAGCUUUGCAAAUCUUACAUGCCAUGUAUGCGGCGGAAAAGGACAUUUUGCGCGCAACUGCCCUUCCAAGCCCAUGUCUGGUCAUGUGGCUAAUGUCGAAUGGUCUUGGGAAAGGCCUAAAGAAGAAAAUAGGAUUGAAGUUGUCUCUGAUGAGGAAGAGUUGGGAAAAGGAAAAGCCAAGGCCGACUAA